CCCUUUCCUUGAGCAACGAAGAGGCAGAGCUUCUUCUCAUCUCUCUCCUAGGCACUGCAGUUUUCCUUCUUCCCCAACGGCUGCAUCUCCAGGGGACGAGAGUGGAGAAGAAGAAGGCGACGCUCUUGGGAGGUCGACCCGGCGAGCUGCACACAGGCAGGUUCUGCGUAGGCCGAGGUCUGUGUCGCGAUCCGCUUUUUUCCGGUGUCUCUCCAAAAACAUAUCUCCUCUUCUUCUUUUUGAAGAGGCGCUAACGCUGUCAUGUGCUCGCGGAACUCUCCACCACCGGCAGGUCCGUUCGCCGUCUCUGCUUUCUGCAUGCUCGCAUUCCGCCGUCUAGGUCGACUAUCCGCUACUCUCCUCUCUCUCUUCUUCUCUCUCUUCUUCUCUCUCUUCUUCUCUCUCUUCCUCCUCCUCUGUCUCAGUGUCUGCACCCCCCUCCCUUCUCGGGCAUCUUCUUUUCUCUCCUCUCUCGCUUGCUCCGCCUGCUCUUCUCUCUCAUGUUCUUCUUCUCGCGCUUCUUCUGUCUCGGCUUUUAUGUCUCCGUUGCUGUUGCACUUUCUGUCGCUGCAUUUCUCUCCAUCGCCUGUGGCCUCCCCUGGGGCUGGUUUUCGUCGCACCCGUCACCGCAGGAGAAACUUCUUUGUUCUCCCUGAUUUCGAGAUGAAGAGCGAAGGCGCCUCGUCUCCGAAGACGCAGAGAGGCUCUCGCACCACAGCCAAAGUCCCGCGAGGAAAUUCGAGUGACAACGCGGAGGAUGACAGAGUUGGAGAAGGAAAAAUUAAGGAGGAAGAGACGGCGACCGAGGACACACAAAGGUUGAAACGGCGACGGAAAAAUCACUCUGCUCUGUUUCUUCCUCAUUCUGGUCACCCGGCUCGUCUCUCAUCUCGUAAUUCCCUCUCAACUCGAGCGUCGUCUUCAUCUCCUUCUCUCUCCCCUUUCUCCUCUUCUCUUUCUCCUGCUCCUUCUACCUCUUCUCGCUCUCCUUCCUCUUCUCCGUCUCCUCCCUCCCCUCUUCCUUCUUCUGUUCCAUCUUCUCCAACCGCCUCUUCUGCUUCCUCAAAAGUUUUUUUGCCUCUCUCUCGGCUGCGCGAAGCGAACUGGCGAGACCUGUGCGUCCCCGCUGAGGAGCUGAGGCCUGAGCACUGCCUCACGACAGGGCAAACGUUUCAAUUUGUGGACAUCGGCCACAGUCCUGCCUUUCUCUGGGAGGGCCUUGUGGGCCGUCGAGUUUUUCAAAUUAUACAAACGCCCACAACGACUUUGUACAGGUGUAUGUACAGCGAAGCGAAAGGCGAGAAGGGAAGGACGGCGAAAGGAAGUUCCGAGGAGAGAGAAGAGGAAGCAGAAGCCCAGGCGCUACGAGCUUUCUUCAAUUUGGAUGUGUCUCUCGCAGCUUUGAAGAGAGAGUGGGAGGCUCGCAGGCGGCGGCCCGGCGACCUUGCCGAGCGCGAGCAGGCAGCCGGGCAGAUCGGUGGCCCGAAGGAAGGCGGGUGUUUGGGAGGCAACGCGCGAAGAAAAUCACUCGAGGCAAGCAGAAGACCCGCGAGGCAAAGCGAAGAAAGUGCGGCAAGCGCCGGGCGCGUUCUCCAGCUGCCCGUGGUGGAGUGCUUCUUCUCUUUUCUCUGCUCCUCGAACAACAACAUCCCUCGAAUUAUGCAAAUGGUCCGUGCGUUGCGGAACGCGUACGGAGACUUUCUCGUCCGAGGCGCCGAGGCCGCGGCAGAAAAGAGACAAAUGCAGGCGGAGCCUGACCGCAAGCCAGCAGGGCGAGGAGGGGAACGCGGACACAAGCCAGCAGAAUACAACGGAGAAGAGACGCGAGAUGGAAGAGAAAGAGACCUGUCCACUGCUCCCUCUCCGAGCAACGUCCAGGACCUCUCGUCCUCUCUCGCUCUCUCUCCUUCCGUUGCUGCCUCUUGUCCUUCUGCGGCGUCGACUGACUCUUCCUCAGAGUGUCUCCUCGUUGACAGCCGAGACCUCCCCCUCCUGCUCGCUUCCAGUCCGCAGCUGACUUGGCACUCCUUCCCCUCUUCGUCCGCCCUCGCGCGCGCUCGAGAAGAAGACCUCAAAAAGCUCGGCCUCGGUUACCGCGCGCGUCUUCUGCACUCCGCAGCGAAGGCCCUCGACGCCCGCGGAGGAGACGCGUUCCUCCUGUCUCUUCGGGAGGCUCGCAGACGACAAGGCCAUCCUGACUCAAAAGAAGGAACAGUCGAAAAAGAAAGCGAAGAAUCCGUUUUCCAAGUGGAAAAAGAAAUUCGAGAGGCUUUGCUCCCCUUCGCAGGCAUCGGCCGCAAAGUUGCAGACUGCGUGGCGCUCUACUCGCUGGGCUGCUGGGCCGCCUGGCCGGUGGACACUCACUUGCUUCAACACGCACAAAGUGACCUCGAGUUUCACGCGUUUCUUCGCCAGGCGUUGAAGGAGCAGCAGGAAGCGAAGAGAACAACGAGAGGAAAUGCGAGAUCAAACGCUGGUCCGACGCCCACGCAGCUCGACAGAAAACGCAGGGCCGCCAGGGAACAACUGGUGUCCUCUGCGUCUUCUUCCUGUCCUUCCCCUUCUUCCUCUUCUUCGUUGUUGUGUCCUGUUCCGCUGUCGCCUGCAGCGGUUCGGCGCUUCUGUCGCUCUGCUGCUGGAGAAAAGUUUUCGAAUUUGUCGGAGGGACUCUACAGCGCCGUGCAGAGUUUUUACCAGCGUCGCUUCGGCGUCUUCGCUGGCUGGGCGCAGAGCUAUGUGUUCACCGAAGCUCUCCGCAGAAGAGAAGCGCGCUUGCAGCCGCAAAACAACAGAUGAAUGCACCAACAGGGACCACUGUGAAGACUCAUGUUCUAAGCGGGAGAGAUGGGCUGAGACGCGAGUCUCCUCACCACCAGCGAACUGUGAGAGUUCGAAGAAAAUCAGAUGAAACAACUGCGACAACACUCGUCUCUCCCGUUUCGUGCUUGUGUCUUUUGCCGGGCGACGCCCCGGCAGCCUCGACGACAGCUGGCCAGGUGAUGCUGGUCGCGAGAGAAAGGAAGGUUUCCGAAGCCUGUGAGCACGGUGCUAAAACAACAGCUCUCUUCUGUGGCUAAUGGCUGAUCGCUUCCCAUAUCAGCGGUUUUUUCUUCCGUUGUUGCAUCCCCUGUGCCACAGAGAUGCGUCCUCUGUUUUUGGGGCUUCUCGAGUGUGUCGCAGACAGGCGUGUUCUGUUCUUGUCUCCUUUUCAACUGAUCACAGGGUUUGUGUGUUUUUUCUUAGCUUUUGGCUGAAACUCCCCAACAGUGCGGGCAGGUGACAGCCUCCGCGACGAAGUAACUGUCAAAAGUGC